UCAUGCUGCUGCCAAGUCCAGAGUCUCUCAUGGGUCCCUGUACGGCCUCCCAUUGCUGCUGUCUCCAUCGCCACACUCUGCCAUGUGCCACUUUCAGGUCUCCUCACACUGCUGUGUUUUGAAUUUUUUGACAUAGGGUGCUGGCAGAUUACGGGCCUCCCAUAGCUGCUGCCAGGCCCCUAAUCUGCCAUGGGCCCCUAUAUACCCGCCUCCUCAUGCUGCUGCCAAGUCCAGAGUCUCUCAUGGGUCCCUGUACGGCCUCCCAUUGCUGCUGUCUCCAUCGCCACACUCUGCCAUGUGCCACUUUCAGGUCUCCUCACACUGCUGGUGUGUUGAAUUUUUUGAC